AUGGCUGAACCCAUUCGAAGCAAGCGACCUGAUUUGACGGCGCCCACGCCGCAGAAUACGCCCGCCACCAAUGCGCCAAUCUCUUCUCAUGCCCAACAACCUAGUGUAGCUAGUAUUAAAGAAGAGGACAUGGAUCGCGUCGCUGCCGCGGCUAUAUUUGCUCAAAAUCCCAAGCUUGUGCAAAUGAUUCAAGGUCGCCUAGGCUCCCUUAUCGGUCGCUCUUCAGGCUAUAUCGAAUCCCUCCCCCCUGUUGUUCGACGUCGUGUUGCUGGGCUUCGAGCCGUGCAGCAGGAGCACUCAAAACUCGAAGACGAAUUCCAGAAAGAAGUCCUUGAACUUGAGAAGAAGUAUUUCGCCAAGUUCACCCCUCUCUACGAAAAGCGUUCUGCUAUCGUAAACGGCAAAGUAGAGCCUACUGAGGAAGAAGUUAAAGCUGGCGAUAACGAACAUGUGAAGCUCCAUUCUGAAGACGUCUCUGACGUCACCGAGCAGAAGCAAGUUCAAGUCGCUGAGGACGUUGCUGGGAUUCCUGAAUUCUGGCUCUCCGCCAUGAAAAACCAGACAACUUUAGCCGAAAUGAUCACCGACCGCGAUGAAGCUGCUCUAAAGCACUUGACUGAUGUUCGCAUGGAGUAUCUCGACAAACCUGGCUUCCGGCUUAUUUUCGAAUUUGCCGAGAACGAAUUUUUCACAAACAAAAUUGUUACCAAGACUUAUUUUUACCAGAACGAGAGUGGCUAUGGUGGCGAUUUUAUCUACGAUCACGCAGAGGGUGAUAAAAUUGAAUGGUACCCAGGCAGGGAUCUGACCGUGCGGGUUGAAGCCAAGAAGCAGAGAAAUAAGAACACCAAUCAGACUCGCAUUGUCAAAAAAACUGUUCCUACCGAAUCCUUUUUCAACUUCUUUUCACCACCUCAAGCUCCAGAUGAUGCGGUUGGAGAUGAUGAGGGCCUAGGCGAUAUUGAAGAUCGUCUUGAGCUCGACUAUCAGCUCGGAGAAGAUAUCAAGGAAAAGCUCAUACCUCGCGCUAUUGACUGGUUCACUGGUGAAGCCCUUGCCUUUGAAGACGAAUUCGACGAGGAUGAUUUAGAGGGUGAAGACUUUGACGAUGACGAGGAUGAGGACGAGGAUGAUAUUAGUGAGGAUCAUGAUGAGGAAGAUGAGUCCGAUGAGGAGGAUGAAUCUGGCAAACCUAAACAGGAAGCCGCUGAAUGCAAGCAGAGCUGA